AUGAGAAUGAGCGACAUGACCGUGUGCCCUGUGGCCAGCCGACAAUCGUUCUUCGACUCGUUCACCGUCGUCUCCAAAGCCAUCGGACAGUUAGAAAAACUUAUGUCCGGCAAACAAACCGAAAAUGAAUGGAAGAGCUCGCAGUGCAAUUCUGUGACUUCGUCGGCCAAAAAGAACCACAAGAAAGAAAACUCGCUGUUGAAAUUCUUGGCUUUGAACGCUCUUGAGUUGAGCGCACCCGCCAGUGAUGUAUUGCUGCGCAACAACAGCACGGCCGGGACGGCAACUGAUACCGAAGUGCGAAGUGUCAAGUCUCAGGAAACAGCGGCCACCAACGUCCAGUCGGCCACCUGUAGAUCGGCCGCGGGCGUCCCGCAACAACAGUCGUGGUUCCAGCUGUCCGGACAUCCGGACUGUUUCGCACCCGCCGGUCUGGGCACGAUAUGGAAGAAGUGCAGUGGCGGCACCGAGCGAGACGUGUACGAAGCCCUUUCCAACGAGCCAAGUCUUCAGGACAUCGUGCCCAAGUAUUACAGGGAAGUCGAGUACAACGGACAGACGUUCAUCGAGCUGCAAGACCUGCUGUACGGCUUCCGGGACCCAAACGUCAUGGACAUCAAAAUGGGCACGCGCACUUUCCUCGAGUCGGAAGUGAAAAACUCCUCGGCGCGACAAGACCUGUACCUCAAGAUGAUCGCCGUGGAUCCCGAAGCACCGAAUGCCGAAGAACGCGAGUUGCAAGCGGUCACAAAACUACGAUACAUGCAGUUCAGAGAAGAACAGAGUUCAACGUGCAGUCACGGUUUUAGAAUUGAAGCUAUGAAGUUUCGAGGUUCUCCACCCGUAACGGACUUGAAGACUGUGAAGAGCGACGAAGAGGUGAACAACACUCUUGCUUUGUUCCUGGGUGACCGCCAUGACAUCAAACAAAGGCUGGUCGCCAGACUGAAUGAAAUACGGUCGAAAUUGGAUCGUUCUCAUUACUUUAAAACUCAUGAGAUUGUGGGUAGCAGUAUCUUGAUUAUAUACGACGAUACUAAGAUCGGCGCUUGGCUGAUUGACUUUGCCAAAACAAGACACGUACCCGAGAGCACAGUACUUACCCACAGACGACCAUGGGUGCCUGGAAACCACGAGGAGGGCUUCUUAUUCGGUCUCGAUCAUCUCAUAGAGUCAACUGAGAAUUUACAUACACCUGUCUCAAAAGAUUCUGUAGCGCCGUCGAGCUCUAUUAAAGUGGAAACUUGA